CACACACACACACACACACACACACACGAGAGGGAGUUUGGUGCUAGGAGAGUCCUGGGAAGAAAACAGAUUCUUGGGAUCCCUAUCCCAUGCCUCCAUAGGGAGAGGGGGACAUAGAUAAGAGCAAUGCCUUCAGGUAGCUGAGAGAAAAGGAUUGUCAGGUAGAGAAGAGGGCUAGAGGUUGGGGCAAAUGGACAAGAGUGGGUGCCAUCAGGUGAGGCAAUCAAAUAUUCAAAUGUGUUCAAUCAAUGCAGUUGACCCAAAAUUCCUACCGGGGGAUCCAGGCCGACAAAGGGAAUCUGAGAGCAGGCUGUGAUCAGGGGUGGAAGAAGCCAUGAGUGCCCGGGCCACACGGCCCCGAAGUCGCCGAGGGAGGCAUCCUCCACCCGGGGAGCUGGAUCCAGUGGCUGAGAGUUCAGAGGAGGCAGAGGCCACCAGUGGGAGAUUAGAAGCCAAACUCGGGCUGCUUCCGGAACACCUUAGUCCUGACCUGCAGAGACCCGGGAGCCGGCCUGAGGAUGAUUAUUGUGUGGGAUCCCAUGGGGCCCUAGCCUUGAAGCCAGAGGAAGGGUGCAAGGCUGAGGUGGAAAGCCCCCAGAGCCCGCAGGCAGCCACCCUGGAUACUGGCCCUGCUGAGACGUCAGUAGCCAGCGUGUUCCAGACCCUGCACAGCAGGCUGAGCUCCCUUGAGGCCACCGUGACCGCCUGGCGCCACCACUCCCUAAGCUUUGCAAGGCCAGCGGAAGGAGAAGAUAGUGGCCAGGGGGCACCUGGGUCCUUUGGUGAGGAAGAAGCCAGAUCUGGACAGCAGGAGGCAGCUCGCCUCAUAGAGAGGAACGCCUGGCUCAGGCUGGCCCUGGGCAGCCGGGAGGAGGAGUUGGUUUGCGCUCAAGCUUCCCUGCAGGAUGCCCGGGCAGAGAAGGAGACCCUGCAGAGACAGGUGCAGGAGCUGGAGGAUUCCCUGAUGCAGCUGGAGGCUUCCCUGCCCACCCCGCUCCUCAGAGCAGGGUGUACAAACAGCAGCAACUCCAGCAGUUCUGGGGCAGAAGGGCAGCCCUGGGCACCUCAGGAUUCCCCCUUGGCUCACCCUCUUCUCCAACGCCUCCGGAGUGACUCCAGCACCCAUAUCUUUGAGUGCCUUUCUACACAGCCUUCAGCCCCCGAGAUGCACCUCAUGGAGGACCAGAUGGGGCAGCUCCAAGGAAGCAUUGAGAAGUUGAAGUGCUUCAACCGCCUUCUGCUGGCUGUGCUCCAGGGUCACAAGGGCCGCUGUGAGAGCCUUAGUAUGCAGCUGGGUCAGCGGGAGGCUGAGGCCACAGCCCUGCGCCUGGCCCUGCAAUACAGUGAGGAUUGUGAGGAGGCAUAUGGAGUGCUGCUCACUCUGAGGACUGCUGGAGCUGGAGCCACCAAAAGUGACCUGCAGGCUGCGGAGACAGAGGCAUCUAGGCUGCUGGUGGAGAAGGAAGCCGCUAUGGAUGGAGAGAUAUCCUGGCCCAGCCCUGAGGGCAGCAGUGUGGACAAGCCUACACCACAGGAACUGGUUGCUCAGCUCCAUGGCUAUAUCCAGCAUCUCCGGGAACGCUGGGCUCUGGUGAAGAUCCCCCCAGCGCUCAGCCCUGACACCACACCCUGGCCCACUAUGCCCCACGCAGAAGCAACAGUGCAGGCCAUUCUGGAAAUACAGCCUGGCCCAGCCCUGCCCCGGCUAGAGAAGUCUCAGAUCCAGCAGGACCUGGCAGCUACUCGGGACAGUCUGGCGGACUUGGUGCUGCGGCUGCAGCUGUCCCGGAGAGAGAAGCGCGGGCUAGAGCUGCGGGAGUCCGCGCUGAGGGCCCAAGGCCCCGCCCACCUGCUGCUACUGCAGCAGCUUCGCUGGGAGCGGACUCACCUGGCUGGAGAUGGCAGCAGAGGAGGCAGCAGCGAGGACCCGAGCAGCGAAGAGGAGGACGAUGAGGAGGAUGGACAGCAACACUACCAGGACAGUAGGCCUUCAGGCACAGCUGCGAUCCCUGCGGCAGCAGCUGGAACAGGUGACUCAGAAGGGCAGAACCAGACGUGCUCAGAGUGCAGAGCUGAACCGAGAGCUGUGCAAGGCUCACAGCUCCCUGGUCUUGGCCUUCAGAGGAGCCCACCAGAAGCAGGAAGAGCAGCGCCGGAAGUUGGAGCAGCAGAUUGCUCGGAUGCAGGCCCAGCAGGCAGAGGAGCUGACGGUGCUGGCAGCCACCGCCAGAGCCCUGGAGAAGCCCAGGACUCCACAGCCAGGCCAGACUUUCCUGUAGGACCCAGACCAAACUUGCAUGUAACAUGCAGCUAUGGCAGGCAUGUCAUAGAAUGUCUUGUCAUGGGCUGCAGAGAUGGCUCAGCGGCUCUUGCAGAGGACCUGGGUUCAGUUUCCGCUCUCCACAGCCAGUGCCUGUAAUGUCAACAAGGAGGAUCUGGCGCCCUCUUCUGGACGCUCCAGGCUCUACAGUAAUGCACACAUACACACUCUUAAUGAGUAAAGCAUCCUAUUGUGUCCUCUGUCCCUUGUGGCCAGACCACCUUCUGAGGAGGUGCUGAGUUUCCCAAAGGGGGACAGAGAUGGGAAGCGUUCAGGCUAGAGGUGUUCCCAGGGGUGCUGGGGAAGAGGACUCCCAGAGUGCUUUGGGACUGCAUUUAGAGGAAGAAAAGUAGGUCAUAAGUAGGUCAUGUACUUGAAGCCCUCAGAGUUGCCUCUGCCUGCCCAUCCCACCAGCCUGUGCUGAGGAGGCACUGGGUUCCCUCUCCAGCACCGCACAAAGGGAAGUCUGUCCCUGCCUGUAAUGCCAGCACUCGGGUUCAAGGCUUUCCUCGACUACACAGUAAGUUUAAGGUCAGCCCGGACUACAUGAGACAGCAUCUAAUGAUGAUGAUGAAGAAUGAACGAGGAGCUGGAGACGUGGCUCACUGUUGCACUUGCUGCUCUUGCAAAGGACCUUGGUUCCAUUCCCAGUAUAGUGGCCCACAACUGUUCAUAACUUCAGUUCCUGGGGAUCCAAAGCCCUUAUCUGGUCUCUGUGAGCAUCAGUCACACACAUGGUACACAGACACAAAUGCAAGAAAUCACACAUUCAUCUAAAUAUAAAAAGAAUGAUGAA